CUAUGAAAUCGGCGCUGACAGUAAAUAAGAGUUUUAAAUAAAAACUAAAUUAGUUCACCUCACCUUUAAUCUAAAUCUGAAUAUGCAGCCUUUCAAUUUUUAAUAAUUUUCAAAGAUAUAUUUUAGUAAAAGAUUUGUUUCAGCUAGAUUGAAUAAUGCGCAUUGACUGAUAAGCAUCAUUUAGAUUAGAUAUGAUUACUAAAUUUAUUGAAACUUAUUUUCCACAAAUUAUCAAAUUUUCUCAUUGCAUAACAUGUCAAAGGCAGAUUCAUGGACAAGUAAUUCAAUAUUCAAGUAGAGCUGAUUUUCGAAUGGCUCCUAAUGUAUUUCGUCAAAAGAAAAUUUAUACUGCUAUAGUUCAAGAUGUAUUUAAUGCUUCAUCAACUAUAAAAAUCUUACGCCUUUAUGUCAAAGAAGCGGGAUUUUCUUUUAAAGCUGGGCAAUGGGUAGAUUUUUAUGUACCUGGUAUUCAAGAAGUUACCGGUUAUAGUAUGACAUCUCCUCCAAAUGAAGCAAAAGAAAAGGGUAUCCUAGAACUAGCUGUCAAAUAUGGAAGUUUUCCUCCCACACACUGGGUACACACUAGUUGUACAUCUGGUACAGAAGUUCAAAUUAGAGUAGGUGGUGACUUUUACUAUGAUCCACUAGCAAAUCAGCAAGAGGCUGAAGCUAACCUUCUACUUGUUGGUGGAGGUGUGGGUAUAAAUCCUCUGGUGUCUAUAUUGUGUGAAUAUAGAGACCUGUUGUUAGCAAAACAAUUUCGGCCUGAAGUAAUGGUUCAGCCUGGAAAAGUUCAUCUAUUAUAUAGUGCUAGAACUGAAAGUGAACUUGUUUUUAGGGAUACUUUCACUGAAAUGGAAAGAGAACAUCCAACUUUGACUUGCCAGUAUUUUGUAACAAGACAUCCUCAUGAACGUGUAUCAAGUCCAGGUAUUCAUUAUUCUCGUAUAGAAGAACAUAAUGUUGCAGAUUCAGUUAAAACCUUAGGGAAGAAGACAUUGUGUUAUGUCUGUGGACCAUCUACUAUGACAGAUGAUGUAGCCAAUUGGCUCCUUAAAUUAGGUAUUGAAAAAAAGUAUAUCCGCUAUGAAAAAUGGUGGUGACAUAUAUUUAUGUUAUAAAAAUUAUUUUAUUUGCCAGAGAUUUGUAUAACUUUAUAAAGUUUGUAUAAUAAAUUUUAUGUAUUAGAAAAAUGAAAA